AUGGAUUCGUUCGAUGCUGCUAACCAAUUGCUACAAAUGCUCCGUAGCUUGUCGCCACAACUACAACAUUUAAGUAAAGCAGUGUAUUUUGCAUUAAAAAAUUCCGACAAAGAAGAUUACUUAUUGCCAACAAUAUUAGAUGUGAUAAACGACAAACAAUUGCCUACAAGCAUUAAAGCAAAUAUACUACAAUUUGUUGACUUGUUAAUAAAUGAAUCACUUAGCCUGGAUAAGUAUAAACAAGCAUAUGUACAGGGCUUGAAAGAUAAUUUGCCCUUGAUUAUAACUCAAGUAACCGACAACAAAUCCAAUUUAUACAGCACUUAUUUGAGUUUAUUUAAUAUAUCUCAACACUUUAAAAUGGAUUGUCAUGGGUUUGUUUCCCAAUUUGACUCCAAUAUGUUAACGGAUAAAGAUAUUGAUUUGAUAAAGAGGAAUGAAGAGUUUACCAAAUCCGACAUUAACGACGACGAGCCGUUGGUGCGAGCAUGGAAAAUACUCUUGCAAUGCAAACAUGAAUGUCAAUUUGAAAGAGCUAAACUAUUAGAGCAUUCAGAAUACAUCGAUGAUAUUGUUGAUGAAGAUCUGUUGUUCAGUAUUCGAGAGAAAUCAAACCCUUCAACGACUUUGUUGUCCAAACGUCAGAUUCUUGUCCGCAUGGAGGAUGAUAGAGAAGCACACAAACGGUCGAAAGAGAAUUUCUGGGUAGUCAAUCGAGACAAAGAAAAGGGCAACCACAUCACCGAAGACGAGUUUGUUAAUCAUUACUGGAACAAGUUCCAGCCGUUAAACGACCAAGAAAACAAAGAAUUUCUCAACUCGUUGCAAGAAUUGAAUGUGAUUGUGGAAAAUAGCUAUAAAGACAAGUACUAA